AUGCAGUGGCUACACUUGACCCCCUCGUCCUUGGAGCUCCAGGCCAUGCUCGAUGACUGCUUUGCAGACCAUCUCAUGGAUCAGUCACCUAGCUGCUCAGACGCCUUCUUUUGCCUCCCGCUCCCCGAGGUCGACUCGUCGGCCUCCCUCCCGGACUCGCCCUUGGACCCCGUCGUGCCGGAAGAUCUCUUGGUGCUCUUCGAGGAGAGCCAGGACGCGUGGCUCGAGCCAGCGUCGCUGAUGGCUUGCCAGCGUAGCGUCGCGAUGCCAGAGGAGACUCUCCAGCACCCCCACGACAGCUUCAGCCUCUGCUCUCCCGAGCAAGGCAAGCCUCGGCCUCAUCGCCGCGCUUCGGCUCCCGCCCGCCCGCCCGUAGUGCGGAUGCAGUCGCGGCAGUCCUUCUUCCAGUCCGACAAGCCCGUCGAGAUCACCCUCGAGCUCCUCGCCGACCACUUCCACGAGAGCCUCGAGGUCGCCGCGGCCAAGAUCGGCAUCGGCAAGUCGACGAUGAAGCUUGUGUGCAGGCAGCUGGGAGUAGACAAGUGGCCGUACAAGUUUGGUCGGGCCAAGGGAAAGAAGGCUGGGCGGAGAAUGGAGGGACGCGUGCAGCUGCGAGCCAGCCAGGCAGAGUCGUCAACGGACACGGAGGGGAGCGGAGUAGACAUGUACUUGUAA